UCCACCCCGCAUUUAAAGGGGGGAGCAUUCAGCUGGGUCCUCCCUCCACUCCCCCCCUCCCUUAGACACACUUUCUGUCUGACACGCUCACUCAGGACUCCCCUGUGAGCGAGCCGGGGCAGGUGAACUCAGCACUGGAUCUGAGAGAGAUGCUGAGAGGAAGGAAAGAGGGAGAGGGGGGAAAUCUGUGUGUGUGUGUGUGUUUAUGAAUUUGUGUGCACGCUGCUGCAUCGCUGAGCUACAGAGACCGGAGGCGAGGAGAGCUGGAGUGUUUGUCCUUGAGACCGACUGACUGCAGCUGAAAAGCAGAGCCACUGACCAGCCGACCAGCCAGUGGAUGAAACUGACAGCAGCCAGGCAGAAUGUCAGUGAGGGGCUUGGACCCCGCCUGUCCCACCUCAAUAAAACGGGAGCCCUCCAGCCCCAGCCCCAGCUCUCAGGGCGACGCCAGCCCAGCUCAGCCCAGUCCAGGUAGCUCCUCGUCGGAUACAAACUCCAGUUACGGUCUCCUCACCAAGGGCCUCAGUCACAACAACGGGCUGGACUCGCCGAGCCUCUGUGGUCACGCGGCCAGCUUGGCCAACAACGGCGGAACCACCAGGAGGUUUGGGGAUGACGAGGGCCAAGUGAAGUGUGAGUUCAUGCUGGGUACUGUGGCGAAGCGGGUGUGUCUGGUGUGCGGUGACGUGGCCUCUGGCUAUCACUAUGGUGUGGCUUCAUGUGAGGCUUGCAAGGCCUUUUUCAAGAGGACCAUCCAGGGUAACAUCGAAUACAGCUGCCCAGCUUCCAACGAAUGUGAAAUCACCAAGAGAAGGAGAAAAUCCUGCCAAGCCUGUCGAUUUGUGAAGUGUCUGGCAGUGGGCAUGUUGAGAGAAGGCGUGCGCCUGGACCGGGUUCGAGGAGGCAGACAGAAGUACAAGAGGAGAAUAGAUGCUGAGAACAGCCCCUAUCUGCACCCACAGAACAGCUUGCCACAGAAAAAAACAUUUUUUGUAGGUGCAGUGGAAAACAAGGUGGUGUCCCUGCUGCUAGUAGCCGAGCCGGAGAGCAUCUUCGCCAUGCCGGACCCCACGGUACCCGAGAGCGACAUCAAGGCUCUGACCACGCUGUGCGACCUGGCAGACAGAGAGCUGGUGGUCAACAUCGGCUGGGCCAAACAUAUCCCUGGCUUCCCCACCCUCUCCUUAGCCGACCAGAUGAGCCUCCUGCAGAGCGGCUGGAUGGAGAUCCUGAUCCUUCGGGUGGCGUUUCGCUCGCUGGUCAUGGAGGACAAACUGGUUUAUGCCGAGGACUACGUUAUGGACGAGGAGCAGUCCAAACUGGCCGGGCUGUUUGAUCUGAACAAUGCAAUCCUGCAGCUGGUAAAGAAGUACAAAAGCAUGGGUCUGGAAAAGGAGGAGUUUGUGCUCCUCAAGGCCAUCGCUCUCGCAAAUUCAGACUCCAUGCAAAUCGAGGACUCUGAGGCAGUUCAGAGACUUCAAGACGUCCUUCACGGGGCCCUGCAGGACCACGAGGCCACGCACCACCCCGAGGACUGUCGGCGCGCCGGGAAGCUGAUCAUGACCCUCCCUCUUCUCCGUCAGACGGCCGCUCGCGCCGUCCAGCAUUUCUGCAGCAUCAAACAGGACGGCCGCGUGCCGAUGCACAAACUCUUCCUCGAGCUCCUCGAGGCCAAAGCUUGAACAGGAACAGAUCCGUCCGCUGCUUUGUGAGAAGAAGCGAGGCGUGUCGGUAAAUAGUGGGUUCGCGACUCUUGUGUAUUCGUCCAUUUUAGCUCGCAUCCUAAUUAACGUUCUUUUCUUUCCUUGUUUUUUUUUGGAGACACAGCCCUCCUGUUUCCUAUAAAAACGGCGAAAUUGGUUCAAGUGUGCUAACCCGUUGACUUAUGGGACAGGUGGCUUAAAAGCAGAAGAAUCGCGCCUUCUUCAGAUAUUUACAAUUGUAUGCCAAACCUUAUUUCUUUAAAAUCAUUUUAAGAAACACUUGAUACUUGAAGAUCCUUCUGGAUUAUUUUUGCUCAUCUUGAAGCCUGGCUUCAGUAUAAUCUGAUGCAGUAUAAUCUGCAUCCUAGCAGUUUAGAGAACAUUUAUGAUAAGAAUUUUUUUUUUCUUUGUUGUAAUGGUAGUUAUAUACUGUUAGUCUUGCCAAAGAGUAAAGACUCUUUAUUAUUGAGUUAUACCAGCAGAUGUCCAUGAUAUUUUGAUGUGGCCUAUGAAAUGUUCAUAAGACCCUGCUCCCUCGCUUUAUUGUAUAGCAAAAACAUCUAUCUCCAUUCAUGCACAUGCGAAGGAGGGGAUUAUUAUUAUUAUUAUUAUUAUUAUUAUUAUUACUAGCAUUAAUAUUUUACCAGGCAUUUUCAGGGAAAGAGUACUUAUCUUCACGAUGCAACAGUACUACAGCAAAGCGAUAUUUAUUUAUUUGUGGCUCUGUUCUGUUUCUUUUAUUUUACAAAUGGGGCUGUUGCAGCUAGAGGAUAAUUUUUUAAGAUUUGUAGCUAAUAUUAUUGUGAGAUAAUUUUUUACUAGCUUCUCUGCUGCAGCACUGGUAACUGACACCAUAUCAUGAUAUUACCAUUGAAGUGCAGUCUGUGCAUAAUA